AUGCAAACAUCUGAUUCAAAAUGCAAAACUCAAAUUGAAGUAUUUGUCAAUCGUCUUGAUUCAGUUGAAUCUGUAUUGCCAUAUGAAUAUUCCUAUUUUGAUUUUUGUACUGUUAUUGAUGAACCAUCACCAGUAGAAAAUCUUGGUCAAGUUUUAUUCGGUGAACGAAUUCGUCCAUCACCAUAUAAAGCUAGUUUUAAUUUUUUUUUUUUUUUGUUUAAAUUUCUUAAAAAUGUCGACUGUAAACUUGUAUGUAAAAAGAAAUAUACAUCAAGUGAUGGUAAACAACAAAAAUUUCUUAAACGUUUAAUGAAAGGCAUGGUUUUAAAUUAUCAACAACAUUGGAUUAUUGAUAAUAUGCCAGUAACAUUAUGUUAUUUAAAUUCAGAAAAUAAAGAAUUUUGUUCACGUGGUUUUCCUAUUGGUUGUUAUGUAACUAAAAGAGGUCAAACAAAAGAAUCAUGUAAUAUUCGAGAUGGAAAAAAUGAUACAUUCUAUGUUUUUAAUCAUUUGGAUUUUGAGAUUAGUUAUCAUAGUGGACAAGGCGAAACAUGGGGAACUACAUUUGGAGAGGACGGUGGUCGAAUUGUUGCAGCAAAAGUUCAAGUUAGCAGUUUAAAGUCGGAGACUUGUGAACGUAAUUCUGAACCCAUUAUGUUUCAAUCAACAGUAGCAGAAGUUGAAAUUCCAUUUACAUAUACUGUUUCAUUUAAACGAAACAAUGAUAUACGUUGGGCUAGUCGAUGGGAUUAUAUACUUAAAUCAUUACCUCAAACACAUAUUCAAUGGUUUUCAAUAUUAAAUUCUCUUGUUAUUGUACUUUUUCUUUCUGGUAUGGUUGCUAUGAUUCUUUUACGUACAUUAUAUAAAGAUAUAGCUCGUUAUAAUCGAAUUGUUGAUAAUAUUAACGAAGAGGAUGCACAAGAAGAAUUCGGAUGGAAAUUAGUUCAUGGUGAUGUAUUUCGAUCACCAAAUAAAGGAAUGCUUUUAUCUGUUCUUGUUGGUAAUGGUGUGCAAAUUACAAUAAUGUCAUUGAUUACUUUAAUUUUUGCUUGCUUUGGAUUUCUUUCACCAUCGAGUCGUGGUGCUUUGAUGACUUGUGCUAUUGUAUGUUAUGUUCUAUUGGGUACACCAGCUGGUUAUACUUCUGCUCGUUUCUAUAAAAUGUUUGGUGGUGGAAAUUGGAAGAAAAAUGUUUUGAUGACAGCAAUUGCAUGUCCUGGUGUGAUAUUUGGUAUCUUUUUUAUUUUAAAUAUUGUUCUUUGGGCAAAUGGUAGUUCAGCAGCUAUUCCAUUUACAACAUUUGUAGCAUUACUUGCUUUAUGGUUUUGUGUAUCAACACCACUUGUAUUUCUUGGAGCUUAUCUUGGUUUUAAACGUCAUGCUCUACAAAAUCCAGUUCGAACAAAUCAAAUUGCACGUCAAAUACCAGAACAAUCAUUCUAUACAAAACCAUUGCCAGGUAUUAUAAUGGGUGGUGUUCUCCCAUUUGGUUGUAUUUUUAUUCAAUUAUUUUUUAUUUUGAAUAGUAUAUGGGCACAUCAAUAUUAUUAUUUUUUUGGAUUUUUACUUGUUGUUUAUAUAAUAUUAAUUUUAACAUGUUCAGAAACAACAAUUCUUCUGUGUUAUUUUCAUUUAUGUGCUGAAGAUUAUAAUUGGUGGUGGCGUUCAUUUUUAACAUCAAGUUUUACAGCUGUUUAUUUCUUUUUAUAUUCAAUUUAUUAUUUUAUAUCAAAAUUAGAAAUAUCAGAUGGCACAUCAACAUUUCUCUAUUUUGGUUAUACAUUAAUGUUAACAUUUAUUUUAUUUUUAUUUACCGGCACAAUUGGUUUUCUUGCUUGUUUCUGGUUUAUUCGUAAAAUCUAUUCUGUUAUUAAAGUAGAUUAA